AUGCCUGCCUGCAUACCUCUACUACCUACUACAUGCCCACCUGCCUGCCUAUCUUCUUACCUACGCGUGUAUUUAUCGUCGCCACCGCCUCGUUUACAGUACCCACGCGCCCGCCGCUCGCCGCCUGCCGCCCGCCGCCCGCCUAAUUCCAGCCCUGCAUAA